AUGGGUCUUGAUGGAGCCCAAGACACUACGCUAAUUCCACCCCCCUGCUCCUCUGCUCUGAGAUGGCCCAACCCGGAUCCAUACACUGCGCUACCCCCACCAAGCGAACAAACGAAUAACAAGGUCGACGUUGUCAAGCUGAUUCGCAAAGCGAGACUUGACAAUGUAGCGAAGGCAGAUGAGACAGAUGAACUCAGGGAGAACUUUGAUUUCAUUUCCCUCGGAAUUAUCUCGGAAUCAGAACCUCAGAGCAACGCUCCCGAGAACACCUCCGGCCUCGCCCUCAAAGGGCCAGCAGGCCAGGAAAAUCACGAGAUUCUCAGAUUCUAUGACUGGGCCAAGACACAGGAAAUUGAAAACAUUGGCCGCAGAGAUCUCGUCGAACGCUUGAAUAUUGCAUCCAAAGUCGAUACGCUGGCAUUGAAAUCCAUGCAUUUGGCUCUUUUGUCUCUGGUAUCUCUCUGCCUACUGCCGAUAUUGACCUUGCUACUGUCAGACACUUUCAGACGCAAAGGAGUGCGUUCAUUUGGCGAAAGGAAAGGACAUAUACACGCAAUUUCGGGCUUCCUGAAAAGCACCAAUAUCGCUGUUCCGAACUCAAUUGAGUGCAUUGCACAUGCUUGGGUGCCGAUCCUAAAGUUCGUGGACAGGGUGACUGGGCUGCGUGUUGAUAUGUCCUUUGACAACCAUAGUGGGUUGAUCGCCAACGGGACAUUCCAAAACUGGAAGGAGCAGUUCCCGAUAAUGCCGGUCAUUGUGUCAGUGAUCAAGCAGUUUUUGCUGAUCCGUGGCCUCAACGAAGUCUCGACGGGUGGACUGGGAGGCUUCUCUGUCACUUGCUUGGUCACAAGUCUACUCCAGCAUCUGCCCCACAGACAUAUUCAGCGCAACCCUGGCAGCAUUCUCAUGGAGUUCUUCAAUUUCUACGGAAAUCAUUUUCAAUACGAUCAUAUGGGAAUCCGUUUGAAUCCUCCGGGAUAUUUCAACAAGACAUAUUUUGGGAACCCCGAUCGUCUCACCAUUGAAGAUCCAAACAAUAUGGACAACGACAUUUCCGGCGGCACGAGCGAGAUCAACCUGAUUCUUCGUACCUUCGCUAGUGCCCAUACCAAUUUGAAGAAUCAAAACAGAUUUGCUUGGUACGGUGUGCCUCCACCGCCGCCGUCAGAACCUGAUCAUGUUGGCGGAGUUCAUUCCGCUCCCCCGCCGCUGCCCGCCGGGCCGCCGCCUAUAAGCCCUCCCACACGCCAGGCGCGAAGACCGAGAUCAAAGUCGAAGGGCACGAGAGCCGAGCCAGAAGACAUUUCCGAUGAAUAUUCUAGCAAAACGAAGCUAGCCAAACCCCGCAAGGGCCAGGUAGGACGACAAGCGCGUCGAUGGCGUGCAGCCAGAAUCAAACGCCUCAGGCCUGAUCUCAAGAAUCUUCCCAGCUCCUUCAGUAUCAAACAGGCUCUUCGGCACGCCGGCUAUGAGACCAACGGGGAAAUGAAACAUGACUUGAACUUGAGAGAACAGAGACAACCCGCGGCCUAA